AGAGUUCAAGGAAUUGGUCAGCACUGGUGACGGAGAUUAUAGAAUGGUGUACGCCAUCAACGGAAAAAUUCCAGGCCCCGAGAUAGUCGUCACAGAAGGAGAUGUGGUAGCCAUUCUUGUUUAUAACCGGUUAAAGAUGGAGGGGGUGACCAUUCAUUGGCAUGGUCUGUUACACAAAGGGACUCCAUGGAUGGAUGGAGCCUCCAUGAUCUCCCAGUGUCCUAUCAUGCCCGGCCAGGUGUUUGAAUACAGGUUUAUAGCGGAGCCUGUGGGUACACACUGGUACCACGCCCACACAGGUACCAUGAGGAACGACGGACUCUCGGGGGCCUUCAUAGUGCUCCCAAAACAGCAAAUGUUUUCGCGAUACCACGGUGAGUUUUUCGCUGUUGUACAAGACUGGACCAAACGCUCAGCCGCGGAGACUGCAGAAGCGUACGGGAGCAGGCUGUUUGGAUUGGAAGACUAUGAUGGAACAUGCAAGCCACUUAAUUACAUGCCAGAUGAAACGACUUCUAUUUUCCCCCUUAAUGUCGGACUAGUAAACGGCAGAGGACGAAGAUACACAGAGACGGAUAUUGAAAAUGGCGAGAAACCGUUCAUUCCACUGGAAACAUUUACAGUACAACAAAUGGGAACAUACAGAUUCAGAAUAAUGAACGUUGGAUUCGCUCAGCCUUUUGAAGUUUCUUUUGAAGCACACACGAUUUACGUGGUUGCAAUGGACGGAAAUGACGUCGAGGACCAGAAAUGUGACGCUGUUGUUAUAAGUCCCGGCGAGACUGUUGACAUCAAACUGACUGCGAAACGUCAACCAAACAAUUAUUACAUAAACAUCAAAACAAUACCAACAAGGACACUUUGGGGACCAAUAACGAGGCCUCAGCUGACCCGAGCUGUUCUCAAUUACAAGGGUGUCAACAGGUUUCGUCGACCAGUGUCUGUCCCUAGACUUUGUACUCAACAGAAUCCUUGCUAUGUGGUGAACCAAAUCUAUGGCAAGGCUCCUAUAGACAGUCAUGUCGUGAUAAUACCUUUGACAAAGUUAAAGUCAACCCAUGAUUCACUUACCCGAUUUCCGGUGCCAAUUUACAACGACAAAUCGCAACUACAAGAAUUUUUCCUUAAUUUCCAUCUCCUUCGAGGACAACCAGCAAUCAAUGGCAGACAAUUCAUGUAUCCAACUUCUGCUUUGCAGGGUCAGAACAACCAAUAUGCCAUAUCGCAAUGCGAACCACCGAGAUGCACGUCUGAAAGAUGUAGAUGUACCAAUAUGAUAAAGUUAGAAAUUGGAAACGUUAUUCAGUUCGUCUUUUUCACUCAAGGGUUAAAAGCAGCACACCCCGUCCAUUUUCAUGGUCACCAAUUCCACGUGCUAAAAAUUGGAUUUCCCGAGUAUGACUCCGUAACUGGAAACGCGACAGCACCGAAUUCGGAUAUCCGUUGUCUUAAUGAUGAUUGUACUGAAGCAACGUGGGCGAAUCCAAGAUGGAGUUAUAAAGAUCUCGGUUUGAAUCUAUGGAAUCCUCCUGUAAAAGACACAGUAAAUGUCCCCUGGGGAGGCUAUGUGGUCGUUAGAAUCGUCGCUGAUAACCCGGGUUACUGGUUACUUCAUUGUCACCUUGGUUACCACCAAUCAGAAGGAAUGUCUCUGGUUCUACAAGAGGGAGACCCUGCCGACAUGGUAGAACCGCCCACCACUUUCCCAACAUGCAACAGUUUCCGCACCUCUACAAAGGCGAUUCAAUCAGCGACUCAAAAGCAAAAAGAGAUUCUGGGGAGAAAAAAAAAAGGAUUGAAUAGAAGUCAUCAGUCAGAGACAAAGAGGACUUCGACAGUAGUCCAUAAGCAGAAGGAGUCGUAUGACCAGUACUUUCACGAUCCAGGUUCUAGUAACAAAGCAGAAGACCAAUCGACAAAUAUUUGGCCACAAACACGAUCUAAAGAAACUCCUAAGCGAACUAGUUCUAGUAUAACACCAACGUUUAAUUUACGAGUGAGGGACAAUCAAGACACUUCUUUUGAUACUUGGCCACGAACACAAUCUAUCGGAUUGCCUGGUCUCAGUUCAAAUCAGAUCAGGGCUGCCCCUUCACCUGUACCCAGCACACGAAAUGAAUUACCAACUUUUCGGUUCCCAGGUGGAGGCAAUCGAGUGUCUCCUUUUGAGGUGGAAUCCGUUUCACCAGCGUGGCAACAACCAAAGCAAUUGCGUCGAUUAGAUCCUUUAACAACAUCGGCAAACAUUCCUAGUGUCGUUGACAACUCUGCUACAACAUCAUCAAUCGACAAUCUAAUAUCUGAAUGGAAAGAACUACCAAGUUUAAAUCCAGUUGAGAAUACAGGAAGCUUUACCGAUACAUCCAAACUACCCAAAUGGAUGCAAGGAGGCUUACCCGAUACGUCCGCUAUUGGGACAUCAAGUAAUGGACCAUCUGUUGGAUUUCCAAAUAAUAAUCCCUUUGCUGAUACAACAAAUAAUGCUCUGUUUGCUGAUACUUCAAAAAGUAAUUCAUUAGGUGAUACAACAAGUAAUAAUAUAUUUACUGAUACUAGUAGUGUUACAUUUACUGAUCGAUUUGGUGACACAACAAUCAAUCUUCCAUUUGGUGACACAACAAGGGAUCUUCACGUUGAUAACACAGCAAGCAACCUUCCAUUUGGUGACACAAUGAGCAAUUUUCCAAUUGGUGAUACAUCACCUUUUGGUGACACAACAGGCAAUCUUCCUUUUCAACCAUUUGGUGACACACCAAGCAAUCUUCCAUCUGGUGACACACCAAGCAAUCUUCCAUCUGGUGACACACCAAGCAAUCUUCCAUUUGGUGAUACAACUAGCAAUUUUCAAUUUAGUGAUAUAACAAGCAAUCUUCCAUCUGUUGAUACAGCAAGUAGUAAUCCUUUUGGCGAUACAACAAGCAAUAUUCCAUUUUCUGGAAUAACAAGUAAUGAGCCGUUCUUUGAUUCGACAAGUAAUAUUCCCAUUACUGAUACAUCAAGUAAUGCACCUUUUGGAGAACUAACCAAUUUUUAUGGUUCUGCUGGGAGCACAGACCCAGUUCUGGUCCAAUCACCAAUGAGAAUUUCCGAUAUAGAACCGGUAUCAAUUUCAUCCGGGACAGGUAUACCGUCAUCAUCACUCCCUGGGUUUUCAUCAGGUGGCGGUUUGCCUGACUCAUCCGGCAGCAGCAGUUUUACAGACUCGGGGAAUUUGAAUGAGUUUUUUAUAGGUUAAAUCCUAAACGGAGCUUCAUAUACUCUACAGAAACAUUAAAUCUAUUUUGUAUCAGUUUGUUGCAAAUAUAAUUAGAGUAGAACUUGAAUGAACGUUUACUAAACAACAUAUUGUGUUUUUCUAGUAGUAUUUUUGAGUAAUAAUGUACUGCUUGAAUAUUUGAGGUUGACAACUUAAACAACGAAUCAAACGCCAUUUGAAAAUGAAAUUUUAAAAAUAUAAAAUAUAAUUAUGUAUUUUUUUCCGAAAUAAAAAUUUCUUAACUAUCUAUAUUACAAUGAAUUCGAUCAAUACAAGUAUUUGAAUGAAACAAGUAUUUUAUAUAUCUUAUGUUGUAUGCUUAUACAUGAAUGCAAGAAAUAUUUGCUAUUUUUGAAUAUGAAUGAUGUUUGUUAUAGUUUACUACAAACAGAUGUUUACAAGUGACU